UGGUGGUGGCUUUAUGCUCUUAUUGUCAAAAAUAUUCAAAGCCACCAUUCACAGCAUAACCACCUUACAUGAAAACAGUAAUAUACCAUUCCCCAACAUGACACUGAUGAAACAGAGGAAUCUAACCCAUGUUGCAUGUAUCUUAUAAAGGAACCAACUUUCAAUCUGAACAUAAUUGAGUUUACCCUUCUUGUAUUGCUCUCUCCUCGCUGAUCAUGAAAUCCUGCGUAAGCCUAAAGCUAAGGCUAAGGCUUCCACCUGCUAAAAAGGCAUGGAAGAGCUUCACUUCUACAAUUGGUAAACUCAGUAAGUCCAAAUCAAAAUCCAUGAAGAAACCAAGAAAGCUUUCAAAACCUACCACCAAAUUUGCUACCUCCAAGCGUUUUUUUCGGCACAAAAGGUUAGGCACAAUCAGAAGUUUGCUGUUGGGGUUCCACAAGAAGCCUGCACCUGUGUACAUUGAUAAGCUCUUUAAAGAGCCUUCGUGUGACUUGGUGGGGCAGCUGAAGCCACCAACAGCACACAAAUCACGAACUAAAAGGCUGUCUGGAGAAGAAGGAACAACAAAGGGUGGUAGAUCUUGUGCCUCAGAUGACAUGUGGGAGUCACUGGCGUUGGCAUCACCUCAGAUGCAGGGAAUAGAUGAACGAGCAGAGGAGUUCAUCACUAGAUUCAGACAAGAGAUGGCAGCGCAAGAGAUGAUAGCAAGACAUUUUUAGCAAAAGUUCAGGAUUUUCGUGAAGUUGUAGCGUAAUAACUGUUAAAUAUGAAACUUCUAGAUAGUUGAUGGCUGGUAUGUGUGGAUACUCUUAUCAACUUGUGAUUUUGUUCUUAUUUUUCAAUCCAUUCAGAUGAUAAAAUAAAAAAACAGCUUUGUUUUUUCUUA